AUGGUAACGGAAGUUAUUCACAUAUUCUGGAAUUCAAAUCAGAGUCUACAUCUGCAUUGGCUCGGCACCACCGCCUUGAGCUUGAGCAGUGGUACGUGGAUGUGUGGAGACCGAGUUGAGAUGAACGGAGACUUGAGCGUCUUCAAGAAGGCUGAAUGGAGAGUCCUUUCCAACAAUUCCGAUAGAUCAUGUUUACCCACUCAAUUGCAUAGCCUCUGCGAGUUUCUUGAUUGGUACGGGUUGCUUGUAGUCCCAACGCCAGCUGGAGCAUUCAGUUUGGAGGAACCGAGCCAAGAUACGACCAUCGGAGAGGAGUCCAGCGAUGGACACUCCAGCGUGAACAUCGAUUUCGUAAAUCUUCUUUUGAUGCGACGACAACUCGUUUUGGGCUCUCUGAAAUUUGAAAAAUGUUGA